CGGCUCUCCGGCUCCCAGUCGAGCUUGGAGCGUCUAGAAUUCCACAUCGCACCACGACCAGUUGAGGUCCGAUCAGCAAUCAAGCAAGUGAGAUGAUAACCGGCAGCCUCGUAGUCGUUGCCCUCGUGUCGCUGGGAGUGCGAUCCGCCCGAGCAGCCUAUGGCGAUGACUGCAGCACUCCCGACGGCGAUACCGGCCUGUGUCUGCCCUUCUCAUCCUGUCGGAACAUCGAAGAGCGGCUCACGGAGAGCCAGAAGUCCGGACAGAAAGUGCCUCCCGAAUUCGCAGCCUAUUUGCAGAAGUCCUUGUGCGGGGAGUUCAAUGGAGUGCGCCACUUCUGCUGUGCAUCGAAUCAAAUCCAGCACAACUCCAAGACAAUGGCCCUGCUGAAGGAUGAAAAAUUCGACUGCGGCAACUUCCUUAACCAAAGAGUAGCCAAUGGAUACGAGGUGAAGCUCUCCUCCAGGCCCUGGAUGGCCCUGCUUCGAUACCUACAGUUUGGAGAGUCCCGAUUCCUAUGCGGUGGCGCCCUCAUCUCAGAUCGCUAUAUCCUCACCGCUGCCCACUGCGUACACGAUCAUGAGACUGAACUUUACGAAAUUCGAUUGGGCGAGCAUCGCAUUUCCACGUUGGAGGACUGCAGGCAGCAGGGACGGAAAAAGAAGUGUGCUCCACCAGUGCUGGAUGUGGGAAUUGAGAAGUAUCUCAUCCAUGAGAAGUACGACUCCCGGCACAUUAUGAACGACAUAGCACUGCUGCGUCUCAACACCACUGUGUCUUUCCAGAAGCACAUUAAACCCAUUUGCCUACCCAUCACGGAUGACUUGAAGCAACAGGCGGAGCAGAUUAACACCUACUUUGUGACUGGCUGGGGCACCACUGAGAACGGUUCCUCGUCGGAUGUCCUGCUCCAGGCCAAUGUGCCGCUCCAGCCCCGAUCCGCCUGCUCUCAGGCCUACCGCCGGGCAGUGCCUCCCACCCAACUGUGUGUGGGUGGCGGCGACCUGCAGGAUUCGUGCAAGGGCGAUUCCGGAGGUCCCCUUCAAGCUCCAGCCCGCUACUUGGGUGAGUUUGCUCAGCGCAUGGUGGAAUUCGGCAUCGUGAGCCAGGGCGUAGUCUCUUGCGGCCAAAUCAGUCUUCCGGGCUUAUACACUAAUGUCGCGGAGUACGUCCAGUGGAUUACGGACACCAUGGCCAUACACGGACUAUGAAAUAUUCUAAGUAACUUGUAAAUUCUCAAAUAUAUAGAUAUGAUGUGCAUAUUUGUAAAAUUAA